GAAGCCUUGAUACACUAAUGUCAAAUCCAGUCCUUGUGUGUGCAUUACGGCGGAUCAAUGCCUUCAAAGUUCUUGCAGAUACGUUGAAGAGAUUAACACAAUGCAGGGAAAAGCUCAGCAAAAGUGACAGUCUACUACAGAUGGUAAUGGCCUUGACUCCAGAGGUGACAUUCAGACAAGCCAUCCUCUUCUUCACAGAGAUGGAUUUUGUAACUGAUGCAGAACACCGCCCUGCUAUGAAAUACCUGCCACCGCCUGGCAAGAGGUCCAGGGCUGAAGCAGGAGAGAGCCAGGGGUGCCAUGCAGAAUCACUGUUUACCUACUUGCAUACAGGAGCCCAGAUUCUUUGUACAGUGCUGCUGAUCAAACCUGGUGCCUGGAGCCGUAGUCUUGCAAGGAUCCUCCGAAAACUAGACUUAGAAAAAUUCAGUGUGGUUGGAAUGAAACACAUAAACCUGGAACCAGACAUUGCCUUACAACUCCUUUCUUCUGAAGUGAAACAGGAUCCUGCUGGUUUAGAAGCUCAUUGUACCUACCUUACCUCAGGCACUGCUCUUGUGCUGUGUCUUCAGAGGCCAAAUGCUGUGAAGAAGCUGAUAGAUUUACUGGGGCCAGAGGAUCCUAAACUAGCCCAAGCACUAGAUCCAUUCCUCUGGAGGGCUCAGUAUGGCAUCAGCACAGUCCGGAAUGGAUUUUACGGCUCCAAAUCCUAUCAAAUAGCUGUCCGGGAUAUGAAGCUGUUUUUCCCAGAAGGGCUGUGCUGCGCCGAGUGUCAGACAUUAGAGGAGGAAGAGAUCUAUAACCUGAAACGUGACCCCAUAGUCAGUUUGGAAAUCAGCAAGCAGCGCAAGAUCAUAAAAUGUGAAACAGGAGGGCAACUCGAUUUAUUGGGCUCUGAGCAACCAUGCAAUCUUGAUCGGCCGUUGCUUGAUAACCUCUGCCAAACUACUUGCCUCGUAUUGCCUGGGAUAAUCCUUCGGGGUUCAGAGCGCCCACCUUAUGUCGAACUGCUUGAUCAGCUUAUUGGCAAAGAUUUCAUAGUGACUGGAGUACGUCUCACUGUCCUGGAUGCACCACAAGCUCACUGCAUCUCUGAGACACUAAGCAGGGCAAAGUGCAGUGUUGCAACAAAGCGUUCCCUCCUAAUGGAUGGUUUGUGUCUGGUGCUAGCGGCACAGCGAGACAAUGCGGUCAUUUGCUUCGACUCCCUGCUGGACAG